AUGCAUCAUCUACGCGCACUCGCCGGUGUUGGCCUUGUUGGCCUGGCGUCCGGAGUGCCCUUCACUGACAACAUAUCAAUCAAGCCACGACAAGCACCCGGAGCGCAAAACAUCGUCUACUGGGGACAAAAUGGCGGUGGUACCAUCGAGAAUAACGACCUCGCGGCGUACUGCCAACCCAAUUCCGGAAUCGACGUUUUGGUUCUUGCAUUUCUCUAUCAAUUUGGAAAUGGCGGCAACAUACCUUCAGGCACUAUAGGUCAGUCAUGCUACAUCAGCACGUCUGGCCAGGGCCAGAACUGCGAAGCCUUGACCGCGGCCAUACAAACUUGCCAGUCUGCCGGUGUCAAGAUCAUCUUGUCCCUCGGCGGUGCGACGAGCUCUUAUUCCCUCCAGACGCAGGCGCAGGCCGAGCAAAUUGGCCAGUACUUGUGGGAUUCUUACGGCAACUCUGGCAAUAAAACUGUGCAACGGCCGUUCGGUAGCAAUUUUGUCAACGGAUUCGACUUUGACAUUGAAGUAAACGGUGGCAGCAGCCAGUACUACCAGUACAUGAUUGCCAAACUACGCUCCAACUUUGGUUCGGACGAGGCCAACACAUACUACAUAACUGGUGCGCCGCAAUGUCCUAUCCCCGAGCCAAACAUGGGCGUCAUCAUCAGCAACUCCGUCUUCGACCAUCUCUAUGUCCAAUUCUACAACAACAACAACUACACCGUCCCCUGCGCACUGGGAAUCAACGGCAACGCCCCCUUCAACUACAACAACUGGACGUCCUUUAUUUCCAAUACGCCCUCGGCCAAUGCCAAGGUCUUCAUCGGCGUGCCGGCCUCGCCCCUGGCGUCGACGGGGACGCCCAGCGGCGCGCAGUACUACGCCACGCCGGACCAACUAGCUGCCAUUGUUGGUGAAUACAAGGGCGACGCCCAUUUUGGCGGAAUCAUGAUGUGGAGCGCUGGCUUCUCUGAUGCCAAUGUCAACAACGGGUGCACGUACGCACAGCAGGCCAAGAAUAUCCUCGUCAACGGAGCGGCUUGCGGAUCGUCAGGACCUCCCAUUCCUACUCCAACAACUACUCCGGCCACAACCACUCCCACGACGGCAUCUUCGACUUUCUCUCCGACGGCCUCGCCUACCGGCGGCACAGUUCCCCAGUGGGGUCAGGUGAGUUUGACACCAAAGUCCCGUCUAUGCUCUUGGAGGAAGAAAAAAAAAAAACUUGCGCGGUAG